GGGAAGCAUGGCUGCAAGAUCCGAAGCGCACACUUGGUCUGCUUCUUCCAGGUAGAUAACACCGCCAUCUCCAUCGCUGGGUAUCGAUCGUGCGGCAUCAUCCGUGGACAUUCCACUGAGAGAUCGCGACUUUGAUUUUCUGCCAGUAUUUUUUUGUUGUUGUUGUUGUAUUUCUUUCAAGCGGAUCCGCCGCUGCUGGCGUUGCUUUCUUCGGUUUCUUUGCGAGUCUCACCCGCAGGAGAUCCACAGCUGAGAGGAUUUUCCAUGACAAUGAUAGCAUAAGGACAAUAUUUCCACGCCGUGGAACAUUUAUUGUGUAUGUUUGUCUUUUUACGUUUACGCUCAAAAGCGCGCCUCUUUUUCAACUUUUCUUCUUUUUUUAAACUUUGACCCAAGAAAUCGAUUUUUAACAGAACUUUUGAAGUGAACGGACUUAACUUCCAGAAACAUUUCAACCUUCAAAGCUGACUUUCCAUCAGUUUGGCGUCAUUGCAAAACAUGCCCCAAGUGGACAUGAUCUUCUUCCUGGUCCUCGUCUUUGGGAUGUGUGUGUACGGCCAGGACCCGGCUUCCAAGUUGGUGUCCGACCGCUACGCCGUCUUCUGGAACCGCACCAACCCCAAGUUUUACCGUGGGGAUUACCACAUUGAUGUCUGCAUAAAUGAUUACCUUGAUGUCUACUGUCCGCAUUACAUCAGCCCGGUGUCGGAUGAGCGGGCCGAGCGCUACGUCCUUUACAUGGUGAACUACGAUGGCUACAGCUCAUGUGACCACACCGCCAAGGGCUUCAAACGCUGGGAGUGCAACAGGCCUUUGUCCUCAAACGGGCCACUGAAGUUUUCGGAAAAGUUCCAGCUGUUCACACCGUUUUCGUUAGGCUUUGAGUUUCGUCCUGGCAGAGAGUACUACUACAUCUCUUCCCUCACUGACGCCAAAGGAAGAAGGAGCUGCCUUCGCCUCAAAGUCUUUGUCCGACCACAAAACAAUUGUGCGCGAAACUCCGGGAGCGUACAGGAAGGGGUCGACUUUGACGAAAAUAGUCACAACAGUCUAGAACCCAGAGAUGACAUCAGUCACGAGUCGCCCGAGCCUUCUCGAACGGACGUGAACUCCACUCCUCGUUGCCGCAAUUCUCUUCUCCUGCUUAGCUCCGCCCUCAUAUUCCUGGCUGCUAUCUUGUCCUUAUAGCGCUCAUUCUGAGGAAUGGACUGUCCUCACUGGACCAGAGGCUGCAACCUCUUCCCGCAAAAGGAGCACUUUUUUUUAAUGAAAUAAAAAAAAAAAAACACACACA